AGCAUUUUCAUAUCCAGCAUUACUACUUCUUCUUUGGCAAAGAAAACCACCAUUUUCUUCUGGAAGCUUCCCGUAAGAUACUCUAGUCAAAUACCUCCGACGAGUUUGCCGGAAUAUGAGUCGCUACGACAGCCGUCCGGCUGACCCUGGCUCUUACCGUGACCGUCGCAGUGAUUCAGGCUUCGGUGGGGGCCCAAAUUAUAGGUCAUCAUCAUCGAGCAGGAGAGAUUCCGAGGGUAAGGAGUCUCCACGGAAGGUUAAUUUGGAUGAUUUGACUCCAUUCGAGAAGAAUUUCUAUGUUGAAUCACCAUCCAUAGCAGCAAUGACUGAAGGUGAGGUGGAAGAGUAUAGACUACGACGGGAGAUCACUAUUGAGGGUCGUGAUGUGCCCAAGCCUAUAAAGUCCUUUCAUGACGUAGGAUUUCCAGAUUAUGUCUUGCAAGAAAUUGAAAAGGCUGGCUUCACUGAACCUACACCUAUUCAAGCUCAAGGUUGGCCUAUGGCCUUGAAGGGUCGUGAUCUCAUUGGUAUAGCAGAAACAGGGUCUGGGAAGACAAUUGCUUAUCUGUUGCCUGCAAUUGUGCACGUUAAUGCCCAGCCCAUUUUAGAUCAUGGAGAUGGUCCAAUUGUCUUAGUGUUAGCCCCAACUCGUGAACUUGCUGUUCAGAUUCAACAAGAAGCUACUAAAUUUGGUGCAUCAUCACGGAUUAAGAAUACCUGCAUUUAUGGUGGGGUUCCAAAGGGGCCCCAAGUUCGUGAUCUUCAGAAAGGUGUUGAAAUUGUUAUUGCCACACCUGGAAGGUUGAUUGAUAUGUUAGAAUCUAAUCAUACAAACCUGCGAAGAGUGACAUAUCUCGUGCUGGAUGAGGCUGACCGCAUGCUAGACAUGGGUUUUGAACCUCAGAUCCGCAAAAUUGUUUCUCAGGUUUGCUUCUGUAAUUACCUGUUAGAUCCAAAAUUGAGUUUCCCUUCUUUUCUAGACAUGGGUUUUGAACCUCAGAUCCGCAAAAUUGUUUCUCAGAUUCGUCCAGAUCGUCAAACGCUGUAUUGGAGUGCCACAUGGCCCAAAGAAGUUGAGCAGCUUGCAAGACAAUUCCUGUUCAAUGCAUACAAAGUAAUUAUUGGUUCAGCUGACCUGAAAGCUAAUCAUGCUAUUCGCCAGCAUGUGGAAAUCGUCUCGGAGAGCCAGAAGUAUAAUAAAUUAGUAAAGUUGCUGGAAGAUAUUAUGGAUGGUAGUCGUAUUUUAAUAUUCAUGGACACCAAAAAGGGGUGUGACCAAGUAACUCGGCAGCUCCGGAUGGAUGGGUGGCCUGCACUUUCUAUUCAUGGUGAUAAGAGUCAAGCAGAAAGAGAUUGGGUCCUUUCAGAAUUCAAAGCUGGAAAGUCUCCUAUAAUGACAGCUACAGAUGUUGCUGCUCGAGGUCUAGAUGUGAAGGAUGUAAAAUUUGUAAUCAACUAUGAUUUUCCUGGAUCAUUGGAGGACUAUGUUCAUCGCAUUGGUAGAACGGGAAGGGCUGGUGCCUCGGGGACAGCAUACACAUUCUUUACUGCAGCAAAUGCUAGGUUUGCAAAGGAUCUUGUUAACAUUCUUGAGGAGGCCGGACAGAAAGUCGGUCCUGAAUUGGCAAAAAUGGGACGUGGUGCGCCUCCCCCUCCUGGUCACGGAGGGUUUCGAGACCGUGGAAGGGGUUAUGGAGGCAAUAAGCAGUGGAGCUAGAAAAGACUGGGGUACCACCGAAGGCAAAUGUUGCAUUUCCUUUGAAAGCUACUAAUUUUGCCCCAGCUGAUGGAAAUCUGAUACACAUUUUAUAGCAGCGAGAUCAUGACCCUAUUUGUUCUGCAUGUAUAAUAUGUUCAAAUUAUUUCAGUAGAAGGUGAAAAAGAUAACAAUCUUUAUUUAGUUGUAUUGUCGUAUUUUUCUUGUUACUCU